GUUUACCUCUUCAGUUUCAAUCUCAUAGAACUGAAAUACGAACAGAAACCCCGCAGUUGGAUUAAGGCCAGCCGGGGAGAUGUUGUCUUAUUUUAACACCGCCUAGGGAUUUUUAUCUAAAGAAUACCCUCCAAUAGACUUGAUGGGUAGAGGGUUUUAAUUUAUAUUAUGGUCUUAUGACUACUCGAUCAAAAUGAAAGCUGGUUGCCUCCAGCCAAGACCAGCAGUGGUUGUCUUCAUCAUUAAUUUGAUAAUACACACAAGUUGCCAUCUUGCCGACCUGCAGAUAUGUCACACUUGCAACGGGACUUUGUUAAACGACACCGUGGUGGGCCGUUUCUGCUCCUCCUCCGACGGCCGGGUCGAGGGACGAUGCUGCUUCCAGAAUCUCAACUCCAGCACCACGGUGCACGUCAUAGGGUUGGACUUGUCAAACUGCUCUUUGGUCCAGAUCGACGACCUACAAGAUGCGUCUACAGCGGUUGUCAUUGACCUCAGCGGCAACCCCAUUGUGAACAUCAGUGACUUUGUGUUUCAAGGCUGUUCUGCUUUAAAUGAAAUAUUACUGCCAACCAACCUGCUGUGCCCUGGAGGCAAUGCAUCAUGGGAAUCGAUUGCGGUCUCUGAGGGAAGUGUUAUCUGUCGGGGUCAGAAGAGCAUGUGCAAUGAAACCAGACACAUGACGCUCUUCUGCCCGGAGAACUCCUGCUGUGCCCCCAACGGACCCGGGUUCUUCAGUUGCCGCUGCAUCGACGGUUACCAUGGAUACAAAUGUCGUCGAGAGGGGGAGUUCCCGUUCAUCCAGGUGUUUGCUCCGAUUGGGGUCGGCAUGGUGAUGUUGUCCAUCCUGCUCUGGGUCGUCCAGAGACGCAAAGUCAAGACCAACUGACCUUUUUAAACCCUGGCCCCUCCCUGGCUUGGAAGCUUUGCUUCUUGUUUUUAAUAUCCACACGUUUUAAACUGACACCAUUUUCAUUUACUACUGACAACAUGUUGCCACUACUCCAAACUGUAUUUUUAUUUUAUGAUUUAUUUUAUUUUUCAAAGCGUCUGUCUCAAUCAAGGGAAACGGCAUCCAAGAAGACAUUAUUUGUAUUUUAAAAAUGAUUUUAUGUUUUUAACAACCUUUUACUAAUAACUUUAUCUGAUGCAACCGACUGUAGGUCAUCAGCUGUGUUUUAAACUGAUAGAACUGACCUUGGAGGGAUUUGAAAGGGCUCAAUGUUUACAUGGACGCAGAAUUUUACUUUUAAGAAUUUGUUGCUGUAUGUAUUUUGAGCAAUAAUACGUUUUUGUUUUUUUAAUGUACAUACGCAUGUUCAUAGUUUCUAUUGCGAAACUAAGAUUAUGCUGUAUUUUGCAUAAACCUUUUCCAUUGCUUGGUUCUUCACUUAAACUGUAUUUGCCUUGAGAAAAUAUGUCACCCUCCCUCUCAAAAAAUUUUUCCCUUUGGAUAUAGCAUGGGAUUCUAUCAUUGGUUUAUUGAACAAGUUUCAUAUCAAUCUAUAGAUAUAUACAAAUAAAUCUUUAAUUCUGCCCCCCCCCCCAAAAAAACCCAAAAGAAUAACAAUAAACCAACCAACCAUGUCGUAUUCAGAUAUAUAUUUAUUGCAUGCCAGAAGCACGGCCCUUUCGAUGGUGUGUGAGUGGGACAGAGUGUGUGAGGUCAUUGGUCGACGUUC